GUGUUUUGCCUGAUUGACCACAUCGAUUCUCUCUACAACUAGUAAUAAACUGGUUCGCUUUGAUUACCUACAGCGCGCUUAUCACGUCCUACUAAUUUGGAUAUAGUGUUUAAUUUAACGCACAGAGAGAGAGGCAUACAUGCUUAUUGCUCAAGAUUAAUACAUUGUAACUUUGAAUGAGACUUAGAAGAGGCCUUUACAGAAACAAUACAUAAACAAGAUGAAUUCUUCAAAUCAAACAUACUUCGAUUUGGAUGAUUCUUUUUUCGAUACCGCAAUGAAAUUAGCCGUUGCGUUUACGGCAUUCUAUGGCAUAGUAAUUGUAUUGGGAACUUUACUAAACCUCUGGUUGCUUCUUGCCAUAGCCACUAGCCAAGAAUUGAGGUCACGCAUGCGCAAUAAGCUUCUCAUCAGCACAUGUGUUCUCCAUCUGUUGUUCUGCCUAGUUGAAGGUCCACUGCAGACUUCAUUUUCCUUCUCUACCGAUUACGGACACUUUUGCUUUCACUUUUACGCGACAGUUAACAUUGAACUCAUGCUGGACUUUGUGUCCAACUACACACUGCUUACAAUGGUCAUCGUAUUUGUCCUGCAGCUGAUGGACUUGAAGCUUAGCGUAUGGCUGUCCAGCCUCGGGCAACGUCUUGUCACCGUAGGAGUUAUUUUAUUGCCCUGGGUCGCCUCGUUGAUCACCAUCCCUGCCAUGAUCAUGGGUAGCGCCAAGGUUCGAAUUACACCGGAAUGCUCAAUCCCGUACUCUUACGCUACCAUGAGACUCCUGGACACUCUCUUGCCACUCUCGCUUGCCAUAGUCAUCACAGUAAUGGCAUUGCUGAAGAAGCGCAGAAGGUUCAGGGCCGGUUUUACAUCUAGCGGAAUGCAGGUGGAACUGUUAAGUCCUGGUCCAGAGAUGGAUGAAGCCAAGACGUAUAUUGCUGCGGUUGGUGUCGCAUUGUGUUGUGAUUCGAUCAUCGCCCUUUUAGAAUUUGAGCUUAACUUUAAGUCCCACAAAACUCGAAUAAUUGUUUGGUAUAUCGCUCUCACACUGGAAUGCGCCAGACCUUUGUUUAUGUUUUUUCCCUGGUUGAUGUUUAAAGACGUCAGACAACGCUUGAAGUCAUGGAAGCCAUGGCUCCGACCUAAACCUGGAAUAGAGUUAAGCGACGUCCAGAGUGGAGACACCCAAGCUUGAUCUGCGUUUGUUGGCUGACAGUGUCCCGAAGUCAUGAAUAGAAAACAUUAUCUAUAUAAACACAUAGUCAAAAAUAUAAAUGAUAACUAUUGAUAAGCUGAUCUACAAAACAACGGAAAUGUCAGCCGCUUAGUGUUGUGAGGUCUUUUAUGGUUAAUAAAUGAUAACUAUUGAUAAGCUGAUCUACAAAACAAUGGAAAUGUCAGCCGCUUAGUGUUGUGAGGUCUUUUAUGGUUAAUAAAUGAUAACUAUUGAUAAGCUGAUCUACAAAACAAUGGAAAUGACAGCCACUUAGUGUUGUUAGGUCUUUUAUGGUUAAUAAAUGAUAACUAUUGAUAAGCUGAUCUACAAAACAAUGGAAAUGUCAGCCACUUAGUGUUGUGAGGUCUUUUAUGGUUGACUUUUCAGCCUCGUAUUUUGAGUACUUUUACAGAUCAUUUCUCUUUUAUCAUUUCUAUCAAAACCUUUGCAAAGAAUGAAAUGCUCCCUCCAAUGGUGUGUGGGGGUGGGGGCGGGGAGGGGGCCUCGCACGAGACUCAUAACAACUAUUUUUGAGAGAAGAAAUAGCGAAACGGAAAUAGCGAAACGGAAAUAGCGAAACGGAAAUAGCGGAAACGGAAAUAGCGAAACGCGUCUUUGGUGUUACUACGUACUUAAUAAAAUGCAGAUUUUUAUUCGUUCCCUUUUUUUUUAAAAAAAUGUUUUUUAUUUCAUUUGGGGCCUCAAAAUUCAUAUUGCCUAGUGCCUCCAAUUAUCUAUGCCUUGGUCUGAUAAACAAUAAGCGACGACUGUUUAUUGAGAAAGGGGGCCAAAUGUUUUAUAGUCUAAAGCUCAUGGCGUUAGACUCAGACGCACACACACACACACAACUGGCGAUAGCAGAAUAAGUUCAUUUUAUUUGUGUGUGUGUGUGUGUGUGUAAUGUAUGGGCGAAUGUAUGUGCGUGUGUCUGUGACUGUGUGUGUGUAUGCACAUUCAUGUGCGUGCAUCUGAGUGUAUGCGUGUUUGAAUGUGUAGCCUACGAGAGAGAAGCUGCUAAGGUCAAGAUGAGUUCAAUAUUUCUUGUGUGUUGUUUUGCAAAAGGAAAAACAAAACUUUUUAAUGUUAAUAUUAUUUUAAUUUAAAUCAUUUUCAUUAAUUUAUUAAAGGCCUAUUUGUUUUGUGAUAAUAUAAAUUAAAAAAUAAUUUUCCUAUUAAUAAAUAAAAUAUAUAUCUUAUUUGCAUAAUGUGUUUCGUAUAUUUGUUCAUCCGAGUUUUUAAAGUCUAAAUAUGAACACACUGGUUUUUACAAAGCUUACUCUGUCUGUCUGUUAAAAAGUUGGUACACCUUAUUUCUCCCACACAAACUAUUGGAUCAACCUGAAAUUUCACACAAUUAUUUCUUUUACCUUUCAACACAAGAAUCAAUAUAAUAAUUUACCUAUUAAUUAAUUAACUGUUGGUAAUUAAUAAAAUUUUCUUUGUUAUCUCGAACAAGGGAAAGAAAUUGUACUUUACUGAGGUGGUGGUAUAAGCUUUAUAGGUUGUCGCUUUAAAGUAAGUUUAAAACAGCCAAUAGAUAACUAAACAAUCUUCUAUUUUCAUACACACCUCAUUAGCAGAGUGGUUAGAAUGUCGGCUUGAGAAGGCUUGGGUCAUAAGUUCAAAUUCAGGUCAUUUCCACUUAUUUUUUUUAACAAAUGCUUUAAAAAAACGAUUACGGUAAAAUUCCCCCAGAUAUCCCUUCCCCACCCCCACAUUUUCCCAGAUAAGUGAUAAGAUUAUGGCGUAUUUAGAAAGCUAAAAGCAUGAAAUGUUUCUAACCGCACAGAAUACACACUUAAUGACAUGACUGAUAGAACAACACUUUGUAUAAGCUUUCCUUUUUUUUCCCGAAAGGGGAAUAAACGCUAUUAGUUUUGUUUGGUCUGUCUGUCCGUCCGUCCCGUUUAGAUCUUAGAAACUAGAAGAGAAAAAGAAAAUCGGACAUCAUGAUAGUUUAGAUCAUUCAAAGUUAUGAUGCAACGGCUUUUUUUUUCUUUUCCGAAAGUGAACCAUCUAAUGUUUAUAAUUAUAGGCCUAUAUGCAAGCCGAUUUUGUU